AGCUGUUUAUUUCGGAACUGUUUAUUUCCGUGUUCAGAGAGGACCGGACACAUUUCUCAGAGCACCGCUGAGCUCCGCAGUGCUCUCAGUCUGUGAGGAACAAACUACACUCAAGCUAAUAUUUCAGUGAAUAGACCGGAGAUGGCGCUGCGUGCUUGUGGCUUCAUAGUGUUUCGUCGUCUCGCCAGUUGUCUCCCUCCACCAGACAACAUCGAGUACCUCCUCUUGCAAACCUCUUAUGGAGAGCACCACUGGACCCCACCCAAAGGUCAUGUGGAUCCGGGUGAGGACGACCUCACCACAGCUCUAAGAGAGACCAAGGAGGAGGCGGGGCUUGGGGAGGAGCAGCUGCAGGUGAUUGACGGCUUUGUGCAUGAGCUUCGCUACGAGGUGCGAGGCCGACCCAAAGAGGUGCUCUACUGGCUGGCUGAGCUGAGAGACGCAGGGACAGCGGUGACUUUGUCUGACGAGCACCAGGAUUACCGCUGGGCCCGGCUGGAGGAAGCCUGCACUCUGGCUCAGUACAAAGACCUGCAGGACACACUGAGAGCGGCACACAGACACCUGGAGGACAAACAGCGAUGAACCAGAAUGUAGACGCUACAGAUGGGACAAUUUGAGAAGGAAAAGCUGCAGCCGGCUUGUGGGACCCUCAGAGUUUAGUUUAGCAGAGCACCCAAUGUGACAGUGUGUCUGAAAGAAGAUCCCCUUCUGUCAGAACAUAGGUGAUUAGGAAAGUAAUAAAUGCUUGUAUCAGCAGCCACAGAUAACGUUUUUUAUUAUUAUUAUUAUUAUGGCAGAGCACUUGAUUUAUUGAUUGCUGUUGUAAUGUAAAGGGAGUUUCAACAAUUAUUUUUCUUUUUAAAUGAUUCUAAAAUAAAUCGCCUACCCUAGCUUUAAAUACAUAAAUGUUUCAAAUGAAAAUAAGUUGAAACACAAAGAAAAAGACACAAGGAGACAGUCACCCACUUACCUGAAGAGAGGGAUGUGUUUAUAUCCUGUUUUAAUCUGUAGUUGGAAUGAACUGCAAUCAAAAUAAAUAGAACUGGUUUUGUGUACCUGGA